AUGUCGCGCCCGCCGGGCAGUAAAUUCGCUGAUUUCUUCCCAAGCGCACCCAGUGUCAUCCAACACCGAAAAUCUUUCAAGCUACAAGACACCGAUAAAACUCGCCCUCGCCCUGCUGAUGAGCGCGUCGAAGAUGCGCACGUCAAGGACAGUCUUGUUCGCGUCGCACUGAACUCACCGACGACCAUAUCGCAUUCCUCAACGAAACAGGACAAUCUGGCGAAAUUCACCAAUACCAACUUCACCCCGGAAGAAAGCGACCAGUUCACAGGCGAUCUUCUCAAUGGUGUCGGCUCCGCCAGCUCGUCCAGCACCGCUUCAUCGGUCUUUAGUGCACCUGUUGCCAACGCCGCCAUGCCAGGCCCAAAUAAUCUUCAUAUCAACACGCUCACCCCCCUCACGAACUCGGAUUCUCCUCCAAAUGGGAAGCUGAUGAGUCCAACUGCUGAUUCCAACCCUCAUACGGCGGUGGACAGCAACAACAUCAUCCCUACUCUACAUCAGGGGUCGAUGACGCCGCUCCAUACCCCUCCCACGCAUCGAAGAUCCGCGCGUGAUCCCAACUCUCCACUAAAAGGAACGAAAUGCAUUUAUGAUCCAGAAUUAGAUAAAAACUUAAAUGCCAAGGACAAACGAAAGCUGAAGGCGCAGUUUGAGGACUUUGGUGGAAAGGUCGAAGACAACUUACAACCACCCGAUCCGCGAUUAGCCAUACCCAAUUAUACCAAGGGUGUAAUAGGGAAAGGAAAGGCCAAAUUUCGACCUGCACCUUACAAUUUAAAAUCAUGGGUCCCAGAUGUUGCGACUGCAGUUGCGCCGCCCCCUGCCACAACAGUUGUUGUAUCUGGCUUUGACCCCAUGACACCUUUAUCUCAAAUCAGUGCACUGUUUUCGAGCUUUGGUGAAAUUGAGGACAUGGACAACAAAAGCGACCCCGUCACUGGACGAUUCCUGGGAAUAUGUAGUAUUACGUAUCAAGACUGCGCCUCUUUCCAGGGCGGUGGUCCAAUUUCCGCCGUCCUUGCGGCGAAGACGGCCUAUCUAGAGGGCAAACGAGGCCAGAGAAUCGGCCUCAAAACCGUUCAGAUCACCAUUGAUCGCGAUGGGACCGUCACGGAGAAGAUGGUUGAAAAAGCCAUUGCUCUACACCGCAAAGAAAGCGGGUUCACGAAUCAAUCACGAGUCCAGCCACCACCCUCUCCCUCCACGCCUGUUGCGCCUGUUGCACCGCAAUCUGGUGGAUUCGCAAAAUCCACCGGUCCUCCACCCACUGCUCCAAAGGGCCCAUCGGGGAAGUCAUUCCUUCGACCUCAGCCCGCGUUCCACGCUCCAUUUGGAGGUCUUGUAAAACCCGAAAGACCUGCAAAACCAGCGGUGGCCUCCCUCGUCGAGACCACACCUAUCGCGGAUACACUAAAGGUUCCUUAUAUCUUUAUUGCGCACUGCUAUGUACCGGUUAUGAGCACGACAAUACCGCAUCUUAAGAAGAGAAUGCGGAUGUAUGAUUGGCGAGAAGUUCGAUGUGAUGAGACCGGAUACUUUAUCACCUUUGAACAAUCCCGACAGGGGCAAAUGGAGGCGAAGAAAGUGUUCCACGGGUGUCACAUGCAGCCACUCUUCACUUACGUGAUGAACUUGGAACUCCAUCUCAAUGGUAAUCCAAAGGCAGUGAGCACAACCGAGCCAUUGCCAACAGGCCCCGUCGAUUUUGUAUAUUCGAAGCAAGCUUACCGACUGAGAAAAGAACAUGACCUGGACCUCGAGGAAGAAAAGAGGCAGCGGGCCAAGGAUCUGGAUCCUUCACGUGCCGUGGUGCAGCUAGUCAUACAAGAACUUCGGGACAAGCUUCUUGAAGAUGUCAAGUCACGCAUUGCUGCUCCUGUUCUUUACGACUAUCUUGAGCCAAGCAAACAUGCAGAACGACGAAGAAACCUGGGCUUAGACGAGCCCGAGGGAUCACGGAGGCAUGGCCACACUGAUGAAGGGUCGCGAACACCAGAUUCACGGUUCGGUCUAGAUAUGUUGAAUCGGCGACCUCUGGGUCACAAGAACCUCAACAUUCUCUCCUUACCAAAGAUCGGGAAACGAUCGGGGACAGAUAGAGGCAUGGUUGGCUUUCGUGAUGAGCGAAGGAAAGCUCCUCCGACGAGACAUAAUGUCCGACCAUUGUUUCACCAGUUGGCUCAAUUUCACGACGACGAGGACUCUGACGAUGAACGACGAACAUCCCUUACCCGGGACACUGAAGAUUUAGAAAGUCGUCCUGCCAGUCGCAUGAGCAUAACCUCUGUGUCUGACAAUGAUGAUGAACUCCUGCGCAAAGCGACGAAGCGCCGGUUUCAGGUCCGGGAAGAAUCGGAGAUGGGAGAUAGUGUUGUCAAGGACGAAUUGGAUGCCACCAAAGUCACUGCCGAAGAUCUCAUCAUUGCCAAACUCGAGAGAAAUAUUUAUGAAAUGUCUCCUUCAUCGAGAAAACGCAAGAGAUUGGUCAAAGAACUGGAAGCCCGAAAACGCCAGAAAGCCGAUGACGAGUUGUUUGGUAUCGGUCAGCCUGAUAUAGACCGGGACGAUUCUGAAGAUGUGAAGAUGCAGGAUGUUGAGACUCCUCUCGAGGGUACACCAGAGGUCGAUUCCGACGUGUCUAAGGCAGUCCUUAAAAAGCCCAAGGCCAAGAGGAGAACAAAGAAACAGAUCCGGGAAGAACAAGAAGCACUUCGACAGGCACAAGCGGAAGCAGAGGCCGCCGAAGUCGUGGAUAACGUUCUUGAAUUUGCGGAAGAGGAAGAGGCGCUGGCCGAAGCUGCUGAAUGGCGACCAGAGGUUGAGUGGGGUGUAUCAGCCGAAGAGCCUCUCCCGACCGUCGAUGACGCUGAGGAUAUCAUCCCCGAUCUUCGAGGAUGGCAAGCUAGCCUUUUCGACGAUGAAGACUUGGAAUAUUUGGCAUCGGCAAUGAAAUCCAAAAUGGCGAUGGAUAUUGGCGAUCCAAUGGCAUGGGCAUGGAAGCAAGAACAGAUUCGAAAUCUGAAGCCCGGAGCCCAGCCUGGCGCAUUACGAACGGACCCCCCCAUCGAAGGAUACUAUGUUCCGAAUCCAUCAGGCUCGGCAAGAACGGACCCAAUACGAAAGAUUUUGGAAUCUGAGAAAUCCAAGUAUCUGCCCCAUCGUAUCAAGGUGCAGAAAGCAAGAGAGAAGCGUGAAGCUGAAGCCAAGAAGGAUUCAUCUUCCGCCAAACCCACUGUGGAACUCCCCAAGGCUUCCUCUCGGGGCAAACGGGCGGAUGAUAGACGCACUGUCAAAGACUUGGAUAGGCAACGUGAGAUGUUGCAGGGAAUGGGGGACGACGCUGACGUUCUACGUUUCAAUCAGCUUCAGAAACGAAAGAAACCUGUCAAGUUUGCCAGAUCGGCCAUUCAUAAUUGGGGUCUAUAUUCGCUGGAACGCAUUCAAGCAAGCGAAAUGAUCAUUGAAUAUGUCGGUGAGAAGAUCAGACAGGAAAUUGCCGAUUUACGAGAGAUCAAAUACACUGAAAGCGGAAUCGGCAGCAGCUAUCUCUUCCGUAUCGACGAAGGCACCGUUGUCGAUGCCACGAAGAAGGGAGGCAUUGCCCGAUUUAUCAAUCACAGCUGCUCACCCAAUUGUACGGCCAAGAUCAUUCGAGUCGGUGGCACCAAACGAAUCGUCAUCUACGCUCUCAGAGAUAUUGAGAAAGACGAGGAGUUGACUUACGACUAUAAAUUCGAGCGCGAGAUUGGCAGUGAUGAUCGUAUACCAUGUCUCUGUGGCUCGGCCGUCUGCAAAGGCUUCCUCAACUAA